AGCUGCUGCAUCUCCCCAGAGCUAACAGGGAGCCAGCAGCUCAGAGGGAGGAGACACACACAAACCCAGCCUCUGUGUGUGCUUGUGGGUUUCAGUGUGUGUGUUCGUGCUGUGUGUGGGUGGGUGUGUGUGUGUGUGUGUGUGUGAGAUAGGGGCUGUGAGUGUGUGCCCGUCGCAGACUAGCAGGCACGACCACUGCUGCACUCCUGUUCCACCAGACCUUUUCCCUUUAACCUUGCCUUGUCACGGCGCUCGGCCGCGGCCUGCUUCCUCCUCCGCGUCAGGAUAAAGAGGGAUCACUGUGGGGGGACGGCAGCCUUCCUCUCCCUCCUCCUCCACUCUCUCACCGCCUCCUAGUCGCUGACAGCUCCUGGCGGACGUGCAGCCAAGAUGAUAGCCGCUCAGCUUCUGGCCUACUACUUCACCGAGUUGAAGGAUGAUCAGCUCAAGAAGAUCGAUAAGUACCUGUACUCCAUGCGUUUCUCGGACGAGACGCUGAGGGACGUCAUGAACCGGUUCCGCAGGGAGAUGGAAAACGGGCUCGGCCGUGACACCAGCACCACCGCCACCGUCAAGAUGCUGCCCACCUUCGUCAGGUCCAUCCCCGAUGGAUCAGAAAAGGGAGACUUCAUAGCGCUGGACCUCGGGGGCUCUAACUUUCGGAUCCUGCGGGUUAAAGUGACGCGGGACAAGAAGCAGCCGGUUCAGAUGGAGAGCCAGGUGUACGAGACCCCUGAUGACAUCAUCCACGGGAGCGGGACUCAGCUCUUUGGUCACGUCGCAGAUUGCCUGGCUGAUUUCAUGGAGAAGCAGAAAAUCAAGGACAAAAAGCUUCCUGUCGGACUGACCUUCUCUUUCCCCUGCGCCCAAAGCAAACUGGACGAGGCGGUCUUAGUGACAUGGACGAAGAAGUUUAAAGCCAGUGGCGUUGAAGGAAUGGACGUUGUGAAGCUUCUGAACAAGGCCAUCAAGAAACGAGGGGACUGUGACGCCGACAUCAUGGCGGUGGUUAACGACACGACCGGCACCAUGAUGACCUGCGGAUUUGACGACCAGCGCUGUGAAGUGGGCAUCAUUAUAGGGACGGGAACCAACGCCUGCUACAUGGAGGAGCUGCGUCACAUUGACCUGGUGGAGGGAGACGAAGGCCGGAUGUGCAUCAACACCGAGUGGGGGGCCUUCGGGGACGACGGGUCCCUGGAGGACAUUCGCACAGAGUUUGACCGCGAGAUCGACAGAGGUUCCAUCAACCCAGGGAAGCAGCUGUUCGAGAAGAUGGCCAGUGGGAUGUACAUGGGAGAGCUGGUCCGACUCAUUCUGGUCAAGAUGGCCAAAGAGGGCCUGCUGUUCGAGGGACGGAUAACCCCCGAGCUCCUGACCAAAGGGAAGAUCGAGACCAAACACGUCUCUGCCAUCGAAAAGACUAAGGAAGGACUGAAGAAGUGCAUGGAAAUCCUGACGAGGCUCGGGGUGGAGCCGUCGGAUGAAGACUGCCUGGCCGUGCAGCACGUGUGCACCAUCGUGUCUUUCCGUUCGGCAAAUCUAAUUGCAUCCACACUGGGAGGCAUCCUCUCUCGCCUAAAGGAAAACAAAGGAGUCGCUCGCCUGCGCACCACCGUGGGCAUCGACGGGUCCCUGUACAAGAUGCACCCGCAAUACGCUCGCCGCCUGCACAAGACGGUGCGUCGCUUGGUCCCGGACUCAGACGUGCGCUUCCUGCUGUCUGAGAGUGGGAGUGCGAAGGGUGCUGCCAUGGUAACGGCGGUGGCGUACAGGCUGACGGAGCAGUCGCGCCAGAUCCAGCAGACGUUGGCGGAGUUCCGGCUGAGCAAAGCGCAGCUGUUGGAGGUGAAGAAACGCAUGAGGGCCGAGAUCGAGAGAGGCCUGAAGAAGGACAGCCACAAGGAGGCUGCCGUCAAAAUGCUGCCCACCUUUGUCCGAACUACACCGGAUGGAUCAGAGAACGGAGAUUUCCUCGCUCUGGACCUCGGAGGGACAAACUUCCGUGUGCUUCUGGUGAAGAUUCGCAGCGGGAAGAGACGGUCGGUGGAGAUGCACAACAAAAUCUACGCGAUUCCCAUAGAGGUCAUGCAGGGAACUGGAGAAGAGCUCUUUGACCACAUUGUGCACUGCAUCUCCGACUUCCUGGACUACAUGGGAAUGAAAAGUGCUCGACUGCCGCUCGGCUUCACCUUCUCCUUCCCCUGCCAUCAGACCAGCUUGGACGCAGGGAUUCUCGUAACCUGGACCAAAGGCUUCAAGGCCACAGACUGCGAGGGCGAGGACGUGGUGGAGCUUCUCCGGGACGCAAUCAAGAGGAAAGAGAUGGAGAACCCAGAGUUUGAGCUGGAUGUGGUUGCCAUAGUGAACGACACAGUGGGGACGAUGAUGACUUGUGCAUACGAGGAACCCACUUGUGAGGUGGGACUGAUCGCAGGGACCGGCAGUAACGCCUGUUACAUGGAGGAGAUGAAGAACAUCGAGACAGUGGACGGAAAUGAGGGGCGCAUGUGCGUCAACAUGGAGUGGGGGGCGUUCGGAGACAACGGCUGUCUGGAUGACAUCAGGACGCAGUACGACCAGGCGGUGGACGAGAACUCACUCAACGAAGGCAAACAAAGAUAUGAGAAGAUGUGCAGCGGCAUGUACCUGGGAGAGAUCGUCAGGCAGAUUUUGAUCGAUUUGACCAAGCGUGGCUUCCUCUUCCGGGGACAAAUCUCAGAGACGCUGAAGACCACGGGCAUCUUCGAGACAAAGUUCCUGUCGCAGAUAGAGAGCGAUCGUCUGGCGCUGCUGCAGGUCAGGGCCAUCCUGCAGCAGCUGGGGCUCGACAGCACCUGUGAUGACAGUAUUAUCGUGAAAGAGGUGUGUGGCACCGUGUCCCGCCGCGCGGCUCAGAUCUGUGGAGCCGGGAUGGCUGCCGUGGUGGACAAGAUCCGUGAGAACAGAGGCCUGGACCACCUGGACAUCACCGUGGGCGUGGACGGCACGCUCUACAAGCUGCACCCACAUUUCUCACGCAUCUUCCAGCAGUCGGUGAAGGAACUCGCCCCCAAAUGUGACGUCACCUUCCUGCUAUCCGAGGACGGCAGCGGCAAGGGGGCCGCCCUCAUCACCGCCGUGGGCUGCCGCCAGAGAGAGCUGGAGGCGCAGCAGCACUGAGGAGCUCCGCCACGUUUGUCCUUGAGAUCUACCUGCUGCUCCACCGUGACCUUCACCCCCCCCCCGCACAGCCCAACUCCAUCUGCCCUUGGCAGCCGUGACUCCACCUCUGCCCCCUCUGCCCCCUGGCCCACCACCACCACAGCCACAGAGACAUGCUGCAUGCGUAGGGAAUUAAAACUGAGUAUCUAAAUAUUUAUUUAUACAGCACCAGAGGUUUUUAUUAUUUCCAUGUUUGUACAUUUUCCUCAAUAGCUUGUCGAUAAUCUGAUAAAUCUAAACUCCUUAGCUGUGCAAUAUUUGUGUAUUGCUAAUUUUAUUUUUAUAUGGAGGCAAAUAUAUAAUUGUAUUUAUAUAACUGAGGCCACUUUGAAUCCCAGAGGUCAUUAGGAUUUUGCACCAUAGACAAAAUGUCUGCACUUUUUAUAUGAGGGUUACAACCGCAGCAUUUUGAUGUAACUUCGGAAUGAAGGACGUCCUUCUCCCUGAAUGAUGAAACUCCGCUGGUGCAGAGAACCAGCUCCAAACACAAGGGCUCGCCGCAAAGGGUUGAAUGCAAGAGUCACGGCUGUUAAAACCAUCCUCAUCCCGCGACACGCUCACACUACGUGCUAGGCUACUAACCCCUCUUUGUGUAACUGUCAGUGUAACUCACAUAUUAACGUAUUCCAGCUGCACCGUUCCAUUUAUUCCUCAAGAGCUGAAGAAAAAGCCCCGGCGAAAGAAAGUGUAUCCUGUUGCUAUUUGUGAACUACUAUACUUUUGGUGUUGUGAUGAAUCCCCACUUCUACUCAUUGUUUGUGCAAAGAAUAAAUGUAUAUUGGGCCAAGAGAAAAAGUGUGGACAGUACGAGCGCUUCUGUGUGUAUUUGUGCCGAGUGUGUCUCCUGUAACGACCUGUAGCUUUCAAUGUCCACAGCUCUGUCAAGACUGCAUGCCUUACAUUAAGACGAAAGGAGAGUGCUGAGAUAUUUCCUCUUUUUAUUUUUAUUUUUUACAUCAAUAUAGAUUUGUGAACAACACGGUGAAAAGUGAAUUCAUUAAAUUAUAUUUUGUCGUGGAGUAAA